AUGGCUACCCAACUAGCCCCAUUGCGCGAAGUGGAAAGACUGAGCUCAACCGUAAUUCGCAUUUUAGCAGGAAAUCCGGGCAAGUUCACUCUCCAAGGCACAAAUACCUACCUCGUCGGUACAGGGCGGCGGCGGCUUCUCAUUGAUACGGGAGAGGGGAAACCGGCCUGGAUUGCGUCGUUGAAGGAGACGCUGCAGAACGAGAAUGCCACUAUUUCCGAGGCUGUUAUUACGCAUUGGCAUCAUGACCAUGUAGGAGGCAUCAAGCAUCUACUGGAAUUCUCGCCGAGAACAAUCAUUUACAAAAACCAGCCAGACGAGGGUCAGCGGGAUAUCGAGGAUGGCCAACGAUUCCAAGUGGAUGGCGCAUCGUUGCGCGCCGUUUACUCGCCCGGCCAUACCCAAGAUCAUAUGGCUCUCGUUUUAGAGGAAGAAGAUGCCAUGUUCACUGGCGACAAUGUGUUAGGCCAUGGGACUGCGGUAUUCGAAGAUCUGAGUGUUUAUUUAAAUAGCCUGGCGAACAUGAGCAGCGCGUUUCGUGGUCGAGCGUACCCUGGGCAUGGCCCAGUGGUUGACGAUGGGCCAAAGAAAAUCUCCGAAUAUAUACGGCAUCGACAACAGCGCGAGGAUCAAGUGAUCCAAGUUUUGAAGUCGUCUAGGCCUUCUUCGCAAGGUGCGGACGCGGGAGAUGCAAACGAGUGGACUUCGCUGGAAAUUGUUAAGAUCGUAUACAAAGAUGUGCCCGAGAAUCUCCACCUGCCAGCUAACGGGGGCGUCUUGCAGAUCCUCUGGAAAUUGGAGCAGGAAGACAAAGUUACUGAAAAUCCAGAUACUGGGAGGUGGAGAAUUAAGGACCGCGCAGCGUUAUGA